AUGGGCCAGCCAACCUGGCCCCUUGUUGAAGAGCUACCAACUGGUCCUCCCGGGAGCGAGACAAACACCUAUGACAAGAAUACAGACACGGAAAAACAAGGUGGCAAAAAUGUUGACUGCGUAGAAACAAGACUCGCCCGACUUGACGAGAAAGUUGGAUAUCCUACAGGUGAACAACACUGCAGUUUUGAUCGGUCUUCCCAUUCUGUCGACGCUGAGUCUCGCCUAACUGACGAUAUGGAGACACAUGAAGACGAGAAACCGUACAAUUUAGGCUACAAGUGCAACCGAUGUGACUAUGUUGCUGCAGAGAAAUGCCGUUUAGACCAACAUGUCAUGAUGAAACACACGGGUGAGAAACCCUACAUGUGUGGAGAGUGUGGGUACAGAACCGCUUCCAGAUCAGCGCUAACAAGACAUAUGAGAAAACACACCGGUGAGAAACCUUAUAAAUGUGACCAGUGCGACUAUUCUGCCGCGCAUAGAAAUAGCCUGGACAGGCAUAUGACUAAACACACCGGUGAGAUACCCUACAUGUGUAAAGAGUGUGGAUACAGAACACCCGUAAGGUCCUACUUAGCUGUACACAUGAGAAAACAUACAGGAGAGAAACCAUACAAAUGUAGCCAGUGUGAAUACUCUGCUGCACAAAAGGUAGAUUUAGACCAUCACGUUAUGAUGCGACACACGGGCGAAAAACCUCAAGUUUGCGGAGAAUGUGGGUAUAGAACGGCCACCAGGUCAGCUCUAAGUAGACAUAUGAGAAAGCACACUGGUGAGAAACCCUUCAAGUGUGACCAGUGCGACUAUUCUGCUGCACGGAAAUCUGACUUGGACCAACACUCCAUGAUGAAACACACCGGUGAGAAGCCCUACAUGUGUGAGACGUGUGGGUACAGGACAGCCGACAGAUCUCACCUAUCCCGGCAUUUUAGAACACACACUGGUGAAAAACCUUAUAAAUGUAACCAGCGUGACUACUCUGCAGCUCAUAAAGAAAGCCUGGACAAACAUAUGGCUAAACACAUUGGUGAGAACCCCAACAUGUAUGAAGAGGCCUCUUCAGACCCUUCAAAAAAUGCAAUCAGUGCCACAGUUUUCCUGCACGAAAUGGUCAAGUACAAUCAUGAUAAAAAGCAACAGUGAGAAAUGUUAUAUUUCUGGGAAGUGUACAUAUAGAAAGGCUGUUGGGUCAGACCUAUUCAAACCUUUGACAAACAUACCGAUACUUUGAAAUGUAGAGAGCCUGACCAUCAUAACUGCCCUUUUCGUCCUGACGGACGCUCUACUCACCAGCUAUGGGCCAGUCUGUGAGCAACAAUGCCAGCUAGACUUCGGCAGGGCAUUCCACGUGUCUCAAAGCAAAUUCCACUGCAUGCUUGACCUUCACGUCAAUAUAAACACAUUGAAUCUUUAGAGACUUGAGAAACUCUUCACAUGUGCGGAAGUUGAAAAGAUAGCUGACAAGUCCUAUGCCGACAAAUAUAU